GUUAGAGGUGAAGCCGCUGGUGCAGCCGCGGAAGGUCGAGGAACUGGCACCCGAGGCGAAGUCCUACAAAGCCUACAAGGUGAGCUUCAAGAACCAGGAGGCUCGGCGGGUCGUCAGCGUGGCAUUCUCGCCGGCCAUUCCGCACAAGCUGGCAGUCGUGAGUGGGACGAAAGUGGGACUCUGGCAGAGUGCUUCCAGCAAG